UCCAUUUUUAGUUAACAGUGAUACACCCUACUUCUGAGGAAGAGACUUCCAAGUCAAAGGUCUUCGUCAACCCUUCAUAAUUGUGUGAAGUAAAGGCAAUUUCUACAUUUUACAACACCAAAAAAUUGUUCAUCUUCAAAUCAUAUACUCCGUACUUACCUUUUGAUCAUGGCUGAAAUUCUAUACGAGCUUGCUGCUGAAAUCUUGAAAAACUUGGGUUCCCUUGCAGCUCAACGAGUAGGAUCAUCAUUUGGGGGACGAAAUAAUGAGCUUCACAAGCUUUCUACUACAGUUUCUUCAAUCCAAGCUGUACUCACUGAUGCAGAGGAGCACCAGGGGAGUAGCCACCAGGACUGGAUAAGGAGGCUUAAAAAAGUUUUCUAUGAGGCUGAUGAUCUCUUGGAUGACUUCGCCACUGAAGUUACGCAUCGAAAACUGGUGAAUAAGGGGAAGAUCUUCUUCUCAAAAUCAAAUCCUCUGCUUUAUAAUCUUAAGAUAAGUUAUCGUUUCAAGGAAAUUCGAGAAACUCUAGAUCUAAUUGCAAAAGAUAUGGCCUCCUUAAACCCAGUUGAAGGGAGGCGACCUUUGCUUCCGAGGCCUAAUUCAGUUCAAUUGAAUUUGGAUAGAGAGACUUAUUCAUUUGUGCCUGAUGGAGAAGUGAUUGGAAGGAAUGAUGAUAAAAAGGAAAUUGUGGAAUUUCUUUUGGAUUCUGAGGUUGCAGAGAAUGUUGUUGUUAUAUCAAUAGUUGGCCUUGGAGGACUAGGAAAGACCACUCUUGCACAAUGGGUGUAUAAUGAUGAAAUGGUUAAGAAAAAUUUCGAUAAAAGAUUGUGGGUUUGUGUUUCAGAUGUUUUUGAAGUGAAAAUGAUUGCAGAAAAAAUCGUCGAAUCUGCAGGAGGGAAGAAGGCUAAUUACCUUCAACUAGAUGCAGUACAAAACGAGCUUCGAGAAAUGCUUGAUGGGAAGAAGUAUCUGCUGGUGCUCGAUGAUGUGUGGAAUGAAGAUGCCUUAAAAUGGUCGAGAUUGAAGAAUAUGUUGAUCGGUGGAGCCCAGGGAAGUAAGAUUUUAGUGACUACCCGUUCAGACGUGGUGGCGGAAGUUUCAGGAAGUAUUCGCCAACAUAAAUUAGGGGACCUCUCAAAGGAAGAGGCAUGGACAUUGUUUGAAAAAAUGGCAUUUGAAUGUAACAAAGAGAGCGAAAAUUCGAAUUUGGUGGAAAUAGGAAAGGAAAUUGUGAGGAAGUGUGGAGGAGUUCCUCUUGCAAUAAGGUCAGUAGGAAGCCUACUACAUCUCAAAAGAACAGAGGGCGAGUGGAUAUAUUUCAAGAAUCAAGAUUUGUCAAGAAUCACACGAGAAGGCAACGAUGUAAUGGCCAUUUUGAGAUUGAGCUAUAGUUACCUUCCUCAGCAUUUAAAGAUAUGCUUUGCAUAUUGCUCCCUCUUUCCAAAUGAUUUCAAAAUUCAUAGAUUUGACUUGAUUGAUAUGUGGAUUGCUCAAGGCUUUAUUCAAUCAACUACUAACAACAGAGAUAAUGUGGAAGAUGUUGCAAAUUCCUAUUUCAUGGAUUUGUUAAGAAGGUCAUUCUUUCAAGAAAGUGAAGAACAUGAAUCGUUUCCACACUUUUACAAAAUGCACGAUCUUAUUCAUGAUCUCGCGAAAGAAGUUGCAGAUAGGGAGUUCAUCAGUAUCAAAAAAAACGAAGAUACAGAAGUUGUACCAGAACAAACUCUCCACGUUUCUUGUUUAUUCCUGAUUGAUGAUUCAUCGGUAUUUCCCAGUCCCUUCUACAGGAAGCAUAUGAAGUUGCGGACAUUUAUUUACCUAAAUGACUAUAUAUAUGGUUUCAUGUGCAAUUCAACUUUGGGGAGAAUGAUUUCAAGUUUUGAACGUUUGCGUGUUCUACAUCUAUGUCACCUGCAGAUAGAACUUCUGCCUCAAUCAUUAGGUGGACUGAAGCAUCUAAGAUAUCUUGCUAUUUCUUCUGAAAGAGUUGUUACUUUACCAAAUUCCAUCACAAAAUUGCAUAAUCUACAAGUUCUAAAAUUGGUUAAUUGCAGUGAACUCAAAAAGUUGCCAAGAGAUAUUUGGAGAUUGGUGAGCCUUCGACGUUUGGUAUGUCAAGGGUGUCUCUCAUUAACCCAUAUUCCACCAGGACUUUGGCAUUUAGCAAGUCUCAUGCAUUUGGAUUUUGAUUGUUGCUUAUCCCUGGAAGAUAUGCCACCUGGAAUUGGCCAAUUGACGUCUCUACGGACAUUGACAAGUUUUAUUGUAGGCAAAGAAAGUUGCAUAUCUGGUCUGGCAAGUGACAAGUUGAAUGAACUAAAAGGCCUUGUUGAUCUUAGAAAUAGAUUAGAAAUAAAGUUCAUGGGACGAAUAUCUGCAAUUGGAGAAAGAAUGCCCACCGAUGUAGUGAAAAGAAUGAAACAUCUUCGACAGCUGUGUGUAGAGUUCAAAUAUGGAAAUCGUGAGGAUGAUACUGGAGCUGAUCUGAUAAUGUUGGCGGCCCUGCAGCCGCACCAAAACAUUGAAAGCUUGCAAAUAGAAAAGUACGGUGGGUCAAGGUUUCCAAGUUGGUUGAUGGUUGAGAAUCUUGGUUUUUUGCUACCUAAGCUUGUUAACCUAAAUAUAAGAUGGUGUCAUAAAUGCCAAAAACUUCCACCACUAUGGAAACUGCCUUCUCUCCGAAGUCUUGUACUAUGGAGUCUUGGCUUUGUGGAGAACAUAGAUGGACUUGAAGGUGAUGAUGAUAAACUCAUGCUACCAUCAAAUACUCCUACAUAUGAACUCUACUUCGCUUCCCUAAAACAUCUUGAAUUGGGGAAAAUAAGUGAGAAGAUAUUGAAGCAAAUUCUUUGCCCACCUCAUCAUCAUUCUCCUCUUCACGAUUUAAAUAAUUUGACUCUACAUUCUAUUGAGGGCCUAGCAACUAUGCCAGAGGAUGUGUUCAAGAGUCUCGCGUCACUCCAAUCCUUGUCUAUUCGAAACUGCAGAAAUCUCGUCUCUCUAUCCACAUGUCUAACUCAUCUCACUUCGCUUGAGUUUCUAUGUAUAGAUGAUUGCCCUCUACUUGACUUGUCCAUCGAAGAAGCAAUGCGAUUUGAAGUCCCGGGGAAUUUAUCAACUUUCAGCGUUUUCAGGCUUGACAAGCUAACAUCGCUUCCACUUUGGCUCCAACAUUUCUCGGGUACUUUGAAAUUAAUAGACAUUUGGGAAUGUCCUAAUUUCACGACAAUUCCAGAAUGGAUAGGCGACCUCAUUGCCCUUAAUUCAUUGAUGAUUAAUGGUUCCCCUAUGUUGACAUCCUUUCCAGAAGGCAUGCGAUCUCUGGCGGCAUUGCAAAUGCUAAUUAUUAGCAGAUGUUCAUCAGGCCUGAAGCGAAGAUGCCAGAAGGAAGUAGGGGAGGACUGGCCUAAGAUUGCUCACAUCCCAAGAGUUUACAUAUAAGUGAUAAAAGAUUGAUAACCUGGUGCAAGUAGAGGUAAUUAUCCUUUUACAGCCUGUUUGAAUUGUUGUUUCUAGUCGUUUCAUAAUGCAUUGUUAUAUACCGAAUUAUGUUGUGUUGUUGAAUCAAUGUUUGGAUUGAAAGAUGAGGAGUAAAUAUUUCAAAAGGUCA